GUGGCAAUCACACGCUGAUUCUUCUCUAAUAACCACAAAGAUAUUGGCACCCUCUACCUUGUAUUUGGAGCCUGAGCCGGAAUGGUCGGAACGGCUCUCAGCCUUUUGAUUCGUGCUGAGCUCAGCCAACCUGGAUCUCUCCUGGGGGAUGACCAAAUUUAUAAUGUUAUUGUUACCGCACAUGCCUUUGUCAUGAUUUUCUUUAUAGUAAUGCCAAUUCUCAUCGGUGGCUUUGGAAAUUGACUAAUUCCAUUAAUGAUUGGGGCCCCAGAUAUAGCGUUUCCACGAAUAAACAACAUAAGCUUUUGACUCCUGCCACCCUCAUUUCUACUAUUACUAGCCUCCUCUGGUGUUGAAGCUGGGGCUGGAACAGGAUGAACAGUUUACCCGCCGCUGGCAGGUAAUCUUGCCCAUGCAGGUGCAUCCGUUGACCUUACCAUCUUUUCUCUUCACCUGGCAGGUGUAUCUUCAAUUCUGGGAGCAAUUAAUUUUAUUACCACGACAAUUAAUAUGAAACCCCCAGCCAUUUCACAAUAUCAAACACCCUUAUUUGUCUGAGCAGUCCUUGUAACCGCCGUUCUUCUCCUUUUGUCCCUGCCUGUCUUAGCUGCUGGGAUUACUAUGCUUUUAACAGACCGAAACCUAAAUACAACAUUCUUUGACCCGGCAGGAGGAGGAGACCCAAUCCUAUACCAGCACUUAUUCUGAUUCUUUGGCCACCCAGAAGUAUACAUUUUAAUUUUACCAGGAUUCGGGAUUAUCUCACAUGUUGUAGCCUACUACGCUGGUAAAAAAGAACCUUUCGGCUACAUGGGAAUAGUUUGAGCUAUGAUGGCCAUUGGCCUCCUAGGCUUCAUUGUCUGAGCCCACCAUAUGUUUACGGUCGGGAUAGAUGUUGACACCCGUGCAUACUUCACAUCUGCUACAAUAAUUAUUGCUAUUCCUACAGGUGUAAAAGUCUUUAGCUGACUGGCCACCCUUCACGGGGGCUCAAUUAAAUGAGAGACCCCAAUACUCUGAGCCCUAGGAUUUAUCUUCCUAUUCACAGUGGGUGGACUUACCGGGAUUGUUCUAGCUAACUCAUCCAUCGACAUUGUUCUCCACGACACAUAUUAUGUAGUUGCUCACUUCCACUAUGUACUCUCAAUGGGUGCAGUCUUUGCUAUUAUAGCUGGCUUUGUACACUGAUUCCCACUAUUUACAGGUUAUACUCUACACAGCACAUGAACUAAAAUCCACUUUGGGGUUAUGUUUUUAGGUGUCAACCUCACCUUCUUCCCACAACACUUCCUUGGCCUUGCAGGUAUGCCCCGACGGUACUCAGACUACCCAGAUGCCUAUACACUGUGAAACACAGUCUCAUCUAUUGGAUCUAUAAUUUCACUAGUAGCUGUAAUCAUGUUCCUAUUUAUUUUAUGAGAAGCCUUCGCCGCUAAACGGGAAGUCCUAUCCGUAGAACUAACCGCAACAAAUGCCGAGUGACUCCAUGGAUGCCCUCCCCCCUAUCACACAUUUGAGGAGCCAGCAUUUGUUCAAGUUCAAUCAAAUUAA